UGGAGGGGUACAAAGAUGCAGAGCAAUAAAACUUUUAACUUGGAGAAACAAAACCACACUCCAAGGAAGCAUCAGCAGCAGCAGCAGCAGCCACCACCUCCACCAAUGCCUGCAGAUGGGCAGCAAGCCAGCAGCCAGAAUGAAGGCUUGACUAUUGACCUGAAGAAUUUUAGGAAACCAGGAGAGAAGACCUUCACCCAGCGUAGCCGGCUCUUUGUGGGCAAUCUUCCUCCUGACAUCACUGAGGAGGAAAUGAGGAAACUGUUUGAGAAAUAUGGGAAGGCAGGCGAAGUCUUCAUUCAUAAGGACAAGGGCUUCGGCUUUAUCCGCUUGGAAACACGAACCCUAGCGGAGAUUGCCAAAGUAGAACUGGACAACAUGCCACUCCGUGGAAAGCAGCCGCGUGUGCGCUUUGCCUGCCACGGUGCAUCCCUUACAGUCCGAAACCUUCCUCAGUAUGUGUGCAAUGAACUGCUGGAGGAGGCCUUUUCUGUGUUCGGCCAGGUGGAGAGGGCUGUAGUCAUUGUGGAUGAUCGAGGCAGGCCCUCAGGAAAAGGCAUUGUUGAAUUCUCAGGGAAGCCAGCUGCUCGGAAAGCUCUGGACAGAUGCAGUGAAGGCUCCUUCCUGCUAACCACAUUUCCUCGACCUGUGACUGUGGAGCCCGUGGACCAGUUAGAUGAUGAGGAGGGACUCCCAGAGAAGCUGGUUAUGAAGAAUCAGCAAUUUCACAAAGAGCGAGAGCAGCCACCCAGAUUGGCACAGCCUGGCUCCUUUGAGUAUGAGUCUGCCAUGCGCUGGAAGGCACUUAUUGAGAUGGAAAAGCAGCACCAGGACCAAGUGGACCAAAACAUCAAGGAAGCUCGUGAGAAGCUGGAGAUGGAGACGGAGGCUGCUCGCCAUGAGCACCAGGUCAUGCUAAUGAGGCAGGAUUUGAUGAGACGUCAAGAAGAACUUCGGAGGAUGGAAGAGCUGCACGAUCAAGAAGUGCAAAAACGAAAGCAGCUGGAGCUCAGGCAGGAGGAGGAGCGCAGGCGCCGUGAGGAAGAGAUGCGGCGGCAACAAGAAGAAAUGAUGCGACGACAGCAGGAAGGAUUCAAGGGAACCUUCCCUGAUGCGAGAGAGCAAGAGAUACGGAUGGGUCAAAUGGCUAUGGGAGGUGCUAUGGGCAUAAACAACAGAGGUGCCAUGCCCCCUGCUCCUGUGCCAGCUGGUACCCCAGCUCCUCCAGGACCAGCCACUAUGAUGCCAGAUGGAACCUUGGGAUUGACCCCACCAACAACUGAACGCUUUGGCCAAGCUGCUACAAUGGAAGGAAUUGGGGCAACUGGUGGAACCCCUCCUGCAUUCAACCGUGCAGCUCCUGGAGCUGAAUUUGCUCCAAACAAACGUCGCCGAUACUAAUAAAAUUGCAGUGUCUAGUUUCCCAAAACCCUUAAAAGAAGGACCCUUUUUGGACUUAGCCGAAUUCUACUCUGGAAAAGUGUUAGGGAUUCCUCCCAAUAGUUUAGGUCUUCCCUGCCUGUAGUACUCUAGGGAGUAUGUUG